AUGAAGAAGAUGCGAAGGCCCGACUCCUGACAGAGUCCAGACCCAGAUCCCCAGUCCAGUUGCGAGUCCUUGGGAGGGACUGCGAUCUGAUUUGCAGGAUUGAGCAGGGCGAGCGAUAACCAUAACCGGAAUAGCGGCCAAAGCAAUUUGAAUUCGUGCAUGCAGCGCAGGGAGCUAGAAAGAGAGCGCUGCUGUGUACACACUCCAUCUCUGUCCGUUUCCGGUCGCCUGCAUCAGUGUGAGUGCGUGUCCGUGUUCGAGCUGUGUGUGUGUGCGUGUGUAUUUCGUGUAAAUAAAUGCAAUGCAAAAGGGGAAACAGAAAUAGCAACACCAGAAGAAACAGGAAUAACAAGCGAAAUGGCAAAAAGUGCAGUUAAGCGUGGAAAUUGCAUUAAAAAUUGAGCAAAAAAUUGCGAAAACAAAAAGUGGCGAAAAGACAAAAAACGGAACAAACAAAGACGCAAAGCGAAACGCCGGAGUUAACGAGCGCUAAAAGGCAAAAAAAUCUGGAAAAAAAAGAAAUUCAAGCAGACAGUCAGACAGAAACACAAAAUAAAAGAAUAAAGUUUUGAUUGAAAUUUUCAUUGUGCUUUCAUCCUUUCUGGAUUGUGUAAAUUUCUGAUUAAGCCACACGACACCCUCAACAAAACUCGUGGCGCGAAAAGUAAAAUAAUAUACCCCCCACGCAACACAAUUCGAUCUAUCGAAACUUGGCAGCAAAUAUCAAAUAUCGAAGAACUUUUUCCGUAAUCGAGCAACAAAGCAAUUUGGCAGUUCGUGUUUCAUUAUUUUUGUCAUGACAGUUCGGGCCUACGUUUUGCUAUAUUUUUUAUUGUUUAUGCACAGCAAGAUCGCCGCCUGCGGUUGCCCUGGCCAUAAACAAUCCAACUGACUGAUACACAAAAUUGAGCUGUGAACACUGAAAUUCGAGUGCGAGUACGAGUGAGUCGGGCAGGAAAAGUCAAAGUCAGCAGGCAGCAGGCAGCAGUUGGAACUGGUAGUCACACCCCACCUAACGUCCACACAAAACACCCCGAGAACUCGGGUCGUUGACAAAGUAACGCAUUUAGUGAUAAGGGCCAAACGACUUUGGCGAAAUGAGCAGCCAGAACACCAGGAGCACCAGGAUCGAAGGGGGCCCCAGGAGCAGGAGGAGCACAAGGACGAGCAGCGGCAGCACGGAGAUGGGCCAACUAUUGCUCCUUAUCGGCAUGGCAGUCGCAUCAUGUUUGCCGGGAAUCGAGGGCUUCCAGCGAUUCUCGGAGCAGCCCAAGUACACGGAGGUGAAUCCCGCCGAGGACACGCUGCUCACAUGCAAAGUUAUCGACAAGCGCGGCACGUGCUCCUGGCAAAAGGAUAACAAGCCCGUUGGCAUAUAUACAAAGAAAUACGAAUGGGCCUCACGUAUCCCGAGCAGCGACAAUGGGAACGUCCUGCAUCUGGACCUCCACCCGCCGGCGGUGCAGCUUGGCGGCGACUGCUCCCUGUGGAUCCGCUCCGCCACGCUGGACUUCGACGACGGUCUGUGGGAGUGCCAGGUGACGGCCAGUGACUUCACCACCCAGGAUGCCCUCACCAGCCAGCCGGUGCGACUUGUCGUACGUGUGGCGCCGCAGCGGCCGAGGCUCGAGUACGAGGCGGUACACGUGCCGCCAGGACACAACAUCACCGCAGACGCCGGCGCCCUGGCGACGGUCAAGUGCGUCUCGCACUACGGCAAUCCGCCGGCCACCCUCAAAUGGUUUUUGGGCGACCAGGAGAUCUCGCCCAUCCACCCGCAAAUGAAUGCCACCGAGCCGGAUAAUCCACGCACCUGGUCGGCCACCUCGGUGGUGCAGGUGUCUGCGAUGCGGGAGCGCCACGGAGAUAUCCUGCGGUGCGCCGCCUUCCACGAGUCCUACACGGCCAAAUCGGUGGCGGUGGAGGCCCGCCUGGACGUGAAAUACGCGCCGAGCAUCCGUCUAAUUGGCUCGCCGGAAAUCGACUUGGAGGAGGACAAGGAUGCGCUGGUCCUGCGCUGCGUGGCCGAUGCCAAUCCGCCGGCCAGCAUCGUCUGGCGGCGGGCCGGUCGCUCCGAGAUAGCCAGCUUGCAGGAAACUCUGCAAUUGCGUCCCGUCGGACGCCGCGAUGCCGGAUUGUACACCUGCCAGGCGCAGAACUCGGUGGGCACCUCCGAGCAACUGUCGGUGCAGUUGGAUGUGAAAUAUCCUCCCAAAAUUAUUUCAGCUGGCCCGGAUCGUCUCACUACCGCCCCGCUUUUCAGUCCUGCCGCCUUCGAGUGCCUGGCUGAUGGUAAUCCCCUGCCAUCCUUCAAAUGGGUACAGAGAAUGGCCCACGGAUCCAAGUACGUGGAGCGGGGCUCCGAGUCCAGAUUGGUCAUCGACAACGUCACCUACGAGUACCAGGGCGAGUACGAGUGCCGGGCGACCAGCUACAUCAAUGGCCAGGAGCGGGUGGCCAUAUCCGAUCCGGUGUCGCUCCAAGUUGUGGGUGCCCCCCAGGUGCUGCGCCUCCAUCCAUCCCUGCACACCGUCUCCGUGAAGCGAGGAGAGUCGGCCACCCUGACGAUGGUCGUCUGUGCGGAUCCGCGGCCACAGCGCGUCGCCUGGGAAUGGGGAUCUCUGCGUCUGGAGGCCGGCUCGGGCAUCGAUCGCUUCCGGGCCGACGAUAUGCAGCCGGACACUCGGGAGGACUGCUACCUGUCCACGUUGCACAUCCUCCAUGCGGACGAGCACGACUCGAGGCCCUACUACCUGGUGGUGGAGAACGAGCGGGGCACCGAUCGUCAUGCCAUACACCUGAUUGUGGAGGGUACGUUUGCAGAACCCUACGAGAUGAGCUAUCUGAUGGGCGUGGCCGGGGGCUGCAUGGCCGCCAUCCUUCUGCUGGUUUGCCUAUGUAUCUAUGCGAUUAAGAGCAAGAGAUGCUGCUUCAAGGGUUCCACGGGCUAUAAAUCAUCGGAUAAAGACAGCGAGAAAGCUGAUUUGAAAUCACGCUCGGAUAGCACGAGUGGCCCCCAAGGUGAUUCGAUUUACACCACGCCCGCGGGCUUCCAUCAUCACCAGCAGCAGCAGCAGCAGCAGCAACAACAGCAGCAGCAACAGCAGCAGCAGCAACACGCCGCAGCAGCAGCAGCAGCGGCCCUACACGCCGCAUCAACCCAACAUGCGCAGCAACAGUACCCGGGACACGGAUCGCCGGAGGCAAUGAAGAGCGUACCGGUCCUUCGAACAUUUGGCGGUCAUCACAUCGCGUAGCGCGAGCGGGAACGGGAAGUGGGCGUGGCCAGCUCGCCCUCGACCACGAUAGCCACGCCCACCGGUACGCCGCCCCUGCUGCCGCCGCUGCCCAACACGUUUGUGGCCAUCAAGACGAAGUCCGACUGCAGCAGCAGCAACCACAGCAACAGCAACAACAGCAACAGCAACAACAGCCUGACCCUGCACAGCGGCAACAACAGUUUCAAGUCGAGCGGUCACCGAAAGUCCCCUCAGCCGCCCCCAUUGCCCUUGAAAAACGGGGCCAAGCAGCAGCAGCAGCAGCAACAGGAGUCGCACUACCAACAUCUGACGUACCAGCAACAUCCCGGCAGCAACACACGCAACACACUCGAUCGCAAGCAGCAACAGAAUAACGGCAGCGGCGACUAUUGCACCCAGAUCAAUCCGCACUAUCUGCAGACCUUCGACAGUUUGGAUCACUACAGUGUGGCCACGAUGCAGCAGCAACCGCUGCGCAGCCAGUCCAAGUCGCAGAUCUACAGCUACGGCAGCAGCGGCACGGCCAGCGACAACAGCAACCACAACCAGCAACAUCUGCAGCAGCAACAGCAUCCGCAGCACUACCACAGCAGCAGCAACAUUGCGCACAUUGAGCACCACUACCAUCCGCAGCACGGCAGCGAUCGUUACAGCCACCCGCAUGUGCAGCAGCAACAGGCGGUGCACCAGCAACACCAGCAGCAACAACACCACAGCCUGAAGCACACCAAGCACGGCAAGGGGCACAAGGGGGGCAAGCACGGCUCGAAGGGCAGCAGCAGCAAGUCGCAGGACGACUUCAAGGUCCUGCACAAGCAGCAACAGCAGCAGCAGCAACAGCAAAAGUGCAGCGGCAACAGCAAGAUGGCCAAGCGCAAUGGUUGCAGCAACCAGGUGUUGCCACUGCCCCCGCAGCAACAGCAGCAGCAACACUUCUCCAGCUCCAGUGAUAGCCUACCAUUUGAUAAUAACUAUUAUUAGUCACCAGCACACUCAGGCACAAACACACACUCACUAACAGAAAAACAGAGGUAUAAUGGUGUCCCAAAAGGCAAAACAUAACUUUAAUUCUCAUUUUGCAAAGCAGGAGUAUAGAAAAUCCAUCAUCCAAAAAUUUCACAGGGCUCCUGGCUUAUUAGUAUAAUUAAUACCCAUAUAAAGUAUUCCCAUAAACCGAGAAUAGGAAAUAAUUCUGUUAUUUCGUAACACACACAUCGAUAUAUAUAUAUUGGGUAAACCCUAAACUGUUAUACGAAAUUCCAUGAGGAAAAGCACAUUUCACUCUUUAUUUUGUUAAUUAUAAAUUAAUCCAGUUCUGUUUUAAUAGGAAACACGUAUGCAAUUAUAAUUGAAACAAUUAUUUCUGUUAAUUGGUAAAAGGGCACAUUUAUUAACUUCCUUAAAUAGUGAUGGUAAACAAUGUUCCAAUGGAAAUCCAACCCACCCAAAGUAAAAUACAUAACCAAUCACAUGCAAGCUGGUAUUUCGGGAAGAUAUUUUGUUACCUUACUUUUCGUUUUUAUUUAAUAUGGCAAAAUAUUCGAAUUCCGUCAAUAAUUUUAUUUAUUAUACCCACCAAUUUGCGAAUAUAUUAUGGCAUAAUUAUGCCGCAUUUUUGGGACACCCAUUGAAUACCUGGAUUUGAAGAACGCCCACACACUCACAGACUCAUACAUUUCUGUGCUCGCCAAAUGGUUAAAAGUUUUCAUUUGAUUGAGAGAACUUGCAAACAGGAUUUCGAGAUGCAAGUUGCAUUCCUGAUUGCAAUGCAAAUUUGAUUUUGCGGCUGCCGGAAGACGAUUCCUGGCAUUUUUACAGCUGCCGCAUACAGAAGAAGAAGGCUUGGGGGGAGUUAAGUGUUUUGAAUGCCAAAUGUUUGGGCAGCUUGUUGUUUUCGAAUGGAUAAUAGCCUCUAAAUGAAUUAAAUAUUUACCUAGUCUAUAAACUAAUUUAGUUCGUAGCAAAUGUCAAAACGCAAUUAAGAGGCCAUUUGGAGUGGCAUAUAGCAGCUUAUUGUUAAUUGUGUACAUAGAAUGGAUAAGCGUAUGAAACUAGUUACUUCUAUUGUAGACCUAAGCCAGGCCCACCACUCCCUGAACCCUUUGAACCCCUGAAGCCCCUUAACCCCUGACCCCUAGAAUCCAAAAAAGAGAUACCCGAAAAAGCUCACCAGCCACCAAACUUAGCACACAAAAGCAGACCGUGUUCUUUGACCCCCAAACUCGGCUAAUGAGAUUUUGUUUAUUUGUUUCAUUAACGAAUUGCUUGAAAUAUCUGCCAACAACAACAACAAUGACAACUCAAACCACACAACAACAACAUCGACACUCCACAAACCACACUGCUUACAACCAACAACACCUCCAGUCGAGUUCCCAGGCCAGAAGCAGCGGUCACGACGAACUGGGCAACCUGCUUUGGCAGCACGAUUCAUGCGAGUUCC